AUGACGCUCAAGCUAUUGGCCGAAGUGAGCCCACAGGAGCUGCUCUCAGGUCUCGCCGAGCUCCAAAACCACCUUCUCGGUUACGUCAAGUCCAUGUCGCUCAAGUGCGCCGUGGAUCUGGGCAUCCCGGAGGCCAUCCACCGCCGUGGCGGCACCGCCACCCUGGCCGACAUCGCAGCCGACACCAACGUACAUCCGGCCAAAGUCGCGGACCUCCAGCGCGUGCUUGAACUUCUCACCGCUUCCGGCAUCUUCAGCACCGCAGCCGGGGAAGAAGGUGGCGCUGUCCUGUACGGGCUGACCACGACGUGCCGCUUCCUCGUCGGCUGGCACAACUUGACCCCUAUGGUGCCCUUCCUGGUGAACCCUCUCGUCGUCUCGUCCUUCUUCAGCAUGCCCGACUGGUUCAGGAGUGAGCCGGCGCCUGCGGGCGCCGGGUCCCUCUUCGAACUUACACAUGGCUGCUCCCAGUGGGAGAUGGGCAGCAAGGACACUGAAUUCAACAGUGUCCUGAACGGCUCGAUGGCCGCUGAUAGCCAGGUCUUCCUCGAGGUCACUAUUGCUGGCAAUGGCCACAUCUUCGGCGGCUUGGGCUCGCUCGUCGACGUCGGCGGUGGCAGCGGCGCAGGCACAAAAGUCAUCGCAAGGGCUUUCCCGCACAUCAAGUGCACCGUUAUGGACCUUCCUCACGUUAUCGGCCAGGACGCCGACGGUGCCGGUCAUGAAAAUCUGCAAUUCAUAGCCGGUGACAUGUUUGAAUCCAUUCCAUCGGCGGAUGCUGUCGUGCUGAAGAAUAUUUUGCAUGACUGGGAUCAUGAAGACUGCGUCAAGAUACUUAAACGUUGCAAGGAAGCCAUCCCUGCUAGAGGAGGAAAAGUGAUAAUCAUAGAUAUGGUAAGAGGAUUAGAGCAUGGCGAGAAGAAAAUAACCGAGAUGGAAGCCAUACAAAACUUGUUCAUGAUGUACAUCAACGGGGUGGAGCGAAACGAAAGUGAGUGGAAGGGGAUAUUUGUCGAUGCUGGAUUCAGUGACGAUUACAAAAUAAUGUCAGUACUGGGUCCCUAUUCGGUAAUUGAGAUAUAUCCAUGA